AUGGAUUCAGAGCCAGAAAUUGAAGAAGGCAUCGACGCGGCUUUGAAUUACCACAGAGGCAGACCGUACUUGAAGCUGUACCAAGGCGAAUUGGAGAACCACGCAAUCAGCGUAGCUCAAAGUGGGGCUGCUAACUUCCGUCACUGGUAUAAGAGUUCUAUCCUUGCGCAGCGAUUCUUUGAGAAUAUCCAGGGGUUUCACAAGGGUAGCUUGGACCUCACGGGGCGCUUCCCAGAAAGAUAUGACCGCGUAAAGUCACGAUGGGAGAGGUUCUUGGCCGACAUGAUGACCGUCCUUUUGCAUGCCACAAUCAAAACUGUCGAGAUAGAGUACUACCGCGUCGAACCUCAAGACGUAUGGGAUGCGUUCGCCGGGAAGUGGAAGAUUCAUGAAGGACUUGACCUUGAAUCUCUUGAGCGGCGCACACGGGAGACGCUUGCCGUACUAGCUCAGCACCCGAUGCCAAUGUUCCAGAAACUUACACUCAUGGACCUACCUACGGAGCUAUUGGAUCAUAUCCUAGGGCUUGCUAGCCAACACGAACUCAAGUUUAUUGGGAGAACCUGCCGCGCAUUGCACGAGAUAUCGUUGCGUUACCGAUAUACCGAACUCGGAUUCUUGUUCCGCUGCAAGCCAGAUUGGAACAAGGUCGACUGGGACUCAAGGCGCGACGAUCCUCACAUGACAGACCCGUAUCUCAAAGCUCUUGCAUUGGACGAGCGCGGACGCUUGGUCUCACGCCUCCAGAACACUCUAUCCCAUCCUGAUAGUGCCUUACAGUUUGUUCGAAAGAUCACAUACGCUGAUCAAUGGAGACCCGAACUUAUCAUCGACAGAAAUAUCCGGCUGCAACCCUGGGGCUGGCUGGCGAACAUCUCUCCUGAGUUUCGUGUUAACUUUGAAGCACUCUUAUGCCAUCUCUUCGAAUCCUGUUCGAAUCUGCACACAAUCCGCUUCAUCAGCACAAAUCUGCACGACGAGUUCCUUCAUACUCUACUCGCUUGCCCAACUCUGCACACGCUGGAACUGACUGAUUCUACCGUGAAUGUCCACAUCCUGGAGAGUAACGACCAUUCAAGAUUCGUAGACGCUUUACCGUUCAUCGUAAACCUUACAAUGGGCUUUUCUACGAUCUCGCAUAUCACCCAGUGGAGCAUGCUUGGAUUUUGCCCACAAUUACUCUACCUCAAAAUACACGGCAGCUUUCACAACUUCGAAGGCGGAACACGACUUCCUGCAGCAAAUUUCCGAGCUCGAAUCAAUCCUUUCGCGACCAUAGAACGGCUUGUUCUUACUAAUAUACCACAACGCUCCAUCGCCGCUCUCGCUUCCUGGCUUGAUACCGUGCCAUGUCCUCACCUCUCCCUCACGCAUCUCAGCAUCACGCUCGUCCACGGUGGUGCACGCCGCGAAAGCAUCUUUACCCUUCUCGACGCGUUAGCAUAUCCUCGGGCCCCACAUAUGCGUGUUCUCUACAUCGACGGCCUUCUUUACGCCAGACCAGACCUCAUCGCUCGCAUCGCCAGUGCUUUUCCUGCGCUCGAAACGCUCGUGCUCAUAUACUGGGGUCAGAAACGACCAGAGGCGCCCAGUCUACCGAUACCUUGGCCUCUACCUUCAUACGAAUAUGUUCCUGCCUUCGCAGGCUUCAUAAACCUCAAGCACUUCGGAUGGAACUUUCGGUUCGAGAAGUGGGACCAUACAUCGAGGAGUCUGGUUUUCUUGGAGGAAAGCCUCGGAAAGAUCGAGCUGGAUGACGAUUGGCUUUUCCGUCUCGACCGGGACGAAAACGCGAAGUCAUUCGACUUGCUCGGUGACGACAAUACAUUCGCUCGAUACUUGGCUACCACCGUUGCGACGCUUGAGACCCUCUCUACAUAUCCACGACCGCUCAGUGACAAUUCGUGGAUCCAGCGUGGAGAAGAUGGAAGGGUGAUAGACGUUAAGGUGGAUAAAGAUAUGCCAGCAUACGUAUACCUGAGUAUGGACGAGAGGCAACCUGAAGGGAAGUCGACGAGGAGAUGUUGGAAGUUCUCAUUGACUGAGUUGGCGAACAGGGAGAGGAAUGUCGUGGAGGGAAGCUAGACUUAUACCCAUUCCGUAGGAAGGUCCAUGAGCUUCAAUUUUUGGAUCUUGGGUAUAGGAUUCUUAGUUAAAAUAUAUAAGGUUUCUUUGUUUAUGUUGUUAAACG